CUUGGGAAUUCUGCCUCUCCAACGACGUGAUUUGUCGCCGCCAGCCCCGGACAAGCCGACUUUUUUUUCAGCAUCGAACCCAUUCGAGUCGCUCGCCCGAGUUACCAUGACUUGAGCGCGGCGCUGCCCUUGUGCUUUCGCCGUACAGAAUGCUCAUUUCGAUUCGCGGAUUGCCAGGACGAGAUGCGCCCGCCGCGAGCUUCAUCCGUCUUGCGCGACACCGCGCAGCUCGCCGCCGUCCAUGGCACCGCAUAGAUCCAGUCCCGCGCCGCUGGGACUCGACUGUCGCUCCGGCGGCUGAGGCUAACAAGAACCUGUCUAUUCCUUGCCAGGCCCGCUUCAACGAGAUUGGCGUCCAGCAGUUGAGCACCGGCAUCUACGAACAGCUCUUCCCCCGCGGCAACACCGACCCCCCCACUCCAGAGCUUAUCGAGCUCGCGCGCGACCACCUUCGCCGCCAUGACCUUCUUGGCAAGAACACCGACACAGCGCCCCCUGUUGCCUUUCGCCUGCCUCCUCUUGCUGGCCAGACCCUCGAUGAGCAUUUCUACAAACUGGGCAUCGACGCGGCCGAGCCCUUCCUGUCGCAUGCGAAGCAGCUAGCCAAGUCAACCCUGCCGCCAAAGCCGAGGUCGUGGGUGCGCCGGAGCGGUUGGACAAAGUACUAUCCCGACGGGCGCACCGAAGCCGUUGACGCGCCCGAGGGGAACAUGCUCACCUUCGACACCGAAGUCAUGUGGAAGGAAAGCCCGUACGCCGUCAUGGCCUGCGCGGCCACACCCGAGGCGUGGUACGCAUGGCUGUCACCGUGGCUGCUGGGGGAGACGGAGAACGAGCAUCAGCUGGUGCCAUUGGGGGAUCCGACCAAGGAGAGGGUGAUCGUAGGCCACAAUGUCGGUUUCGAUCGCGCCCGGAUACUGGAGGAGUACGACCUGAAGCAAACGCGCAAUUCCUUUCUCGACACCAUGUCCCUGCACGUCGCCGUCAACGGAAUGUGCUCGCAGCAGCGGCCCACUUGGAUGAAGCACAAGAAGAACCGGGAGUUGCGAGACAAGAUAGCCAAAGAGUCGAGCAACAUCGAGCUGGCCGAGCUGCUCAACAACGGAGCCUUUACCGCCGAGGAGGAGGAGCUCUGGGUCGAGAGGAGCUCCAUCAACUCGCUGCGGGAUGUUGCAAAGUUCCAUCUCGAUGUGACGAUCGACAAGGAGCUCCGAGACUCGUUCGGCGAGCUGGACCGGGAUGGCGUGGUGGGAAAGCUGGACGAGCUACUGACUUACUGCGCAGCCGACGUCGCCGUCACCCACCGCGUCUACCAGAUCGUCUUCCCAAACUUCCUCCGUGUGUGCCCCCACCCCGUCAGCUUUGCCGCCCUGCGCCAUCUCUCGUCCGUCAUCCUGCCCGUCGACAAGUCAUGGGACUCGUACCUCGCAAACGCGGAAGCUACCUAUCACAAACUCUCCGACGCCGUUCAGGAACGGCUCGUCUUUUUGACCGAGAAAGCGCUGGAGAUUAAGGAUGACCCCGAGAAAUGGGGCAACGACCCCUGGAUGAAGCAGCUCGAUUGGUCGGGCCAGGAGAUCAAAAUGGUCAAGGGCAAGAAGAAGAACGAUCCGCCUCGGCCGGCGGCAAGGCAGAAGAAACCAGGCAUGCCUCAGUGGUACAAGGAUCUGUUUCCCAAAAUGGACUCUCCGAUCAAUAUCAGCGUGCGCACGAGGAUAGCCCCGCUGCUCCUCAGGCUUGCUUGGGACGGGUAUCCGCUCUUCUGGUCAGACAAGCAUGGCUGGACGUUUAGGGUGCCUCGAGACGAGGCGAAGAGGUACACGGACCGGCAAAUGGUCCCGUGUGACUUGACCGAGGAGCCCAUCGCGGCGCUAAAGGAAGACAAAGACCACGUCUACUUCAAGCUGCCGCACAAGGACGGGCCCGCGGCUCGGUGUGUCACCCCAAUGGCUAAGGGCUACCUCUCCUACUUCGAGAAGGGGACGCUCUCGUCCGAGUAUCCGUACGCUAAGGAGGCACUCGAGAUGAACGCGUCUUGCUCAUACUGGAUCAGUGCGCGGGACAGGAUCAUGUCCCAGCUGGUGGUCUACCAAGACCAGCUACCGUCCACUGCGAAGUCGGAACCAAAGAGCAACGAGCCGGUCGGCGGCUUCAUCUUGCCCCAGGUCAUCCCCAUGGGCACAAUCACCCGCCGCGCGGUCGAGAACACCUGGCUUACCGCGUCCAACGCCAAAAAGAACCGCGUCGGGUCGGAGCUGAAAGCCAUGGUCCGCGCUCCGCCGGGCUACGUCUUUGUCGGUGCCGACGUCGACUCGGAAGAAUUGUGGAUCGCCUCCGUGGUGGGGGAUUCGACGUUCAAGAUCCACGGUGGGAACGCCAUCGGCUUCAUGACGCUCGAAGGAACCAAGGCGGCGGGAACGGAUCUGCACAGCCGGACUGCGUCCAUCCUGGGAAUCACCCGGAACGACGCCAAGGUGUUCAACUACGGCCGCAUCUACGGCGCCGGCCUCAAGUUUGCCGCGCAGCUGCUCCGCCAGUUCAACCCUAACCUCAGCGAGAAGGACACGCUCCUCAUAGCAAGCAAGCUCUACGCCACCACCAAGGGCACCAAGACCAACCGCAAGUCUCUCUAUAAACGCCCCUUCUGGCGCGGCGGGACAGAGUCGUUCGUCUUCAACAAGCUCGAAGAGUUCGCCGAGCAGGAGCACCCGCGAACCCCCGUUCUCGGCGCCGGCAUCACCGAGGCGCUCAACGGGCGCUUCAUCAGCAAGGGCGGCUACCUCACGUCGCGCAUCAACUGGGCCAUCCAGUCGAGCGGCGUCGACUACCUCCACCUCUUGAUCGUCGCCAUGGACUACCUCAUCCGGCGUUUCAACCUGUCUGCGCGCCUCGCCCUGACCGUGCACGACGAGAUCCGUUACCUGGUCCGGGAGCACGACAAGUACCGGGCCGCCAUGGCGCUGCAGGUCGCCAACCUCUGGACGCGCGCCAUGUUCGCCCAGCAGGUGGGCAUCCACGACCUGCCGCAGAGCUGCGCCUUCUUCUCGGCCGUUGACAUCGACCGCGUGCUGCGCAAGGAGGUGGACAUGGACUGCGUCACCCCUUCCAACCCGACACCAAUACCACCCGGCGAGAGCAUCGACAUCAACUCGCUCCUCGCAAAGGGCGACCUCGCCCGCCUAGACGAAUCCAUCGUCCCACACCCCGACCACGCCCCCAAACUGUCCGAUAUCCAAUACGUCCCCCGCGUCCCGGUCAUGCAAGAACUCCGCGAGGCUGAGGGCGCCGACCCCGCCGCCGAAACACGCUUCAUUCGAGCCCAGAUCUGCAACAACGAGGCCGAAUUUCGCGAAAUCCUGAAGGAAACCCGAAAACCGGCGGCCACUCCAGCUUCCGACAAGGCCAAGAGCACUAAUACUAGCAGCACAACGACAACAGCAACAGCAAAAUCGACACCAGCAGCAUCAGCAGCAGCAGCAGCAGCAGCCACUGCGGCGGUGGCAAGCCCCACCAAGAAGAAACCCAUUCUUCCGUACUACGCCUCCCCGCGCCUCCUGCCCGUCCACGGUGGCCACCAGCGCGAGCCCAUGUCGGUCACGGAAGCGUUGGGCACCACGCCGGGGCGGUUCCGGCCCGGGCCUGCGGCGUCGGCGUCGGCGUCGUGGGGUUGGAAGACGGGCAGCCACGGGGCUGGCGUCAGUGGCAGAGUCGGUGGGGCUGGGAAGCUGGGGACUCGCGUGCCGUGAGCGACUGGCAUCUUCUUUGGGAUAUGAAUCUGGAGGGAUUCCGGCCGUGGUCGGUCGGAUAGAUACGGGGGAAGAGGAAGGAAGUGCGGGGAGUGGUCGGGUACGAUUUAUUUCGACUCCAUUCUGAGAUCCGCCCCGCCCUUUUCUUUAACUUCUUCUUUGUUCCUUUCCCUCUCUCCCUCUCUCUCUCUCCUCUUUGGUAUGCGCCGU